CAUAAUAUACUCUCCCUUUAUAUGAUUCUCCAACCACCCACCCAACUUGCUCAUCUACACAAAACUUUAGAUCUGCUGCAUCUGCACUUCACCUUCAAGACAACAACAACAAUGGAAGCUCUCCUGUCCCAAUUCACCUUCCUCUCCAACCAGGCACUCUCUGACAAAAACUUCGAUCCAUCGACAAUAGAAGAGCUGAUGAAACUGUUUGAAUUGGAGGCCUACAAGUCAUGGGCAUCCCUGGAGCUUGAGCAGCAAAAGGAGGUGGAAGAAGCUGAGAUAUCAAUGAAGGAAGCAGAGGCAUAUCUUGACUCAGUAAUGGACAGUGCUAUGGAGGAGUUUAGGCUGUUUGAAGAGGAGCUAGAGCGAACAUCCAAGGCUGAAUAUGAUAGCCUAGUUCAAACUGCAGAUAAUGCAAGGAAGAUGGGGAAGUUGAUGGAGAAAGCAGCCACUAUUGCUUCCAAGAAGUAUAUUGAAGCUGCAAUGAAUUCAGCUACUUCUACAAUGAAGAUGGCAUGGAAGGGGAUUUCCUCUAAAAAAGUUCAUCCUUCUUGAGAUGGGGUUUCCCCUUUGUGAUGAUAUUAUGAAAUAAGGCCACUAUAGGUUGGAGCACGUCUCCUCUGUAGUUGUAUGUCAUUUGGGGUCUUUUUUUAGGCUUCUUUGUGGUGUGGAAGAGUAGAUCUGUGAAGUUGUUGUGUUUCAAAAUCUUGGAAUAUGAAACACCACCCAUCCACAAGAAAAAAACAAAAACAAAAACUGAUCCUUUGUUUAAAGCACAUCUUAUCAUUCUCAAAAUCACACCAUACUUUCCUUUGUUAUC